GGCGCCGCGCUGCAGAGUAUCCAAUCAGCUUUAAGUAAAAAGUAUCGCGAGUCUUCUGUGAGACUUUACUCUAUAAGCCCGUGGGAACAAGUCUCGGAAGCCCUUUUCACGAAGAUGGCGCCGAAAGCGAAGAAGGAAGUCCCUGCCCCUCCGAAAGCCGAAGCCAAAGCAAAGGCUUUGAAGGCCAAGAAAGCAGUGUUGAAAGGCGUACACAGCCACAAAAAAAAGAAGAUCCGGACGUCACCCACCUUCCGACGGCCCAAAACACUGCGGCUCAGGAGGCAGCCCAAAUAUCCUCGGAAGAGCGCCCCUAGGAGAAACAAGCUUGACCACUAUGCCAUCAUCAAGUUCCCCCUCACCACCGAGUCAGCCAUGAAGAAAAUAGAAGACAACAACACACUGGUGUUCAUUGUGGAUGUCAAAGCCAACAAGCACCAAAUUAAACAGGCUGUGAAGAAGCUCUAUGACAUUGAUGUGGCUAAGGUCAACACCCUGAUCAGGCCUGAUGGAGAGAAGAAGGCAUAUGUUCGACUGGCUCCUGACUAUGAUGCUUUGGAUGUUGCCAACAAAAUUGGGAUCAUCUAAACUGAGUCCAGCUGACUAAUUCUAAAUAUAAAAGUUUUCACUAUA